GCCUCCGCCUUCUCGACGUUUCACUCGGUCUGCUGAGGCCAAGGCGUUGGCUUUGGGCUCAGCUGCUCGCGCCGGUUUCUGUCUCCUGUUCGUCUGGCAGCUCCUGCGCGACCCCGGCCAUGAUUGUGGAUAACAGUCGGGACGCGGGGUUAGAUGGCGAUUCUGGCUCUCUGAGCAGCCCGUUCAAUUUGGCCUUUUUCUAUGGAGCUUCCCCUCGCUCUAGCGAAGGCAGUUGCUCGCCCACUCCCUCCGCUCCGGGAUCCCCCGGCUCUGACUCGGAGCCCUCGGCCAAUGGCGGCACCGGCGGCAUCUACUUGAGGAAAAGGCGCUAUUCCCGGAACGCCGCGCGCCCGACUGGAGAAGCUGAACAACAUAUGGGGGGAGGAAAGCAACAGAGAGGACCUUUCCAAGGUGUUCGUGUAAAAAAUUCCGUGAAAGAAUUGUUGUUGCAUCUUAGAAAUAGCAAGCAGAUGUCCACAGAUUAUGGAACUGAGGAAUUAAAGGCACAAGGAACAUUGAUGAAACAUGAUCCAUACACAGUAGAACUAAAAAAUAUAUUGACUCAUAAUCGGAAAAGAAAAGCGCCAGACUGUCUUUCUGAUGGAGUGUAUUACAAACGAGCAGCUAUUUUGCAACCUCAGUUCUUGACACCUCCGCAGACACCAACUUCUGUGGAUAAUAAUAUGGAGGAUCCCCAUAAUAAUGAGCCUAAGCAAGAUAGCAGCUGUGAUAUGCUGCAGAAUAUUAUCAAUAUUAAGAAUGAAUCCAGCCCAGUGUCUUUGAACACUGUACAAGUUAGCUGGCUUCACAGUAUGGUCAAUCCCAACUCUCCAGGGGAACACCAAUAUCAAGAGAUGGCUGGAGCACCAGCUUUUUCAAAUGUUCAAAAAUACCAGGCUUUCCAAACAAGCAGCUCUUCUCCAAUGCUGGAACUGUCCCAGAAUUAUCAAUUUUCUCCUAUACAUCAACAACAACAACAACAACAACAGGAUAUGCCCCAGCAUUGUAUUCCAUUGCUGGAAUAUAGGCCUCACUCUGCAGGCAGCCAUUCCUCUGAAUAUCAACAAAACAUUUUUGACAGCCAAGAACUACCAUAUUGUACCACAGAAAGUUUUGCUUCACUUUUAAAUGAUUCUGAAGGAUCAGACAACAUCUCUUCUCCACUCCCUCAAGCAAUUCCCAGUGGCCUCCAGCAAACUGAAGUCAGCAGCUGCUCUCAGCAUUUCAACCAAGUCUCAGAUAACACAUCCAGGGGUCUUGAGGAACAUGGUUUAUCUCUCUCUUCUUCAGAUAUAUCUCUGCAACUUCAGAGCAGUACAGGCAGCACAAGUCAGUUGGGCAAAUCAUUUUUCCAAUGGCAAGUGGAACAGGAAGAAAACAAAAUGGCCAACAUCUCUCAAGACCAGAUUCUUGCUAAAGAUUCUGAUGGUGACACAUUUCUCCACAUUGCAGUUGCCCAGGGACGACGGGCAGUUUCCUAUGUGCUGGCAAGGAAGAUGGCAGCCCUGCAUAUGUUGGAUAUUAAAGAACACAAUGGCCAGAGUGCCCUGCAAGUAGCUGUGGCUGCAAAUCAACACCUUAUUGUCCAGGAUCUGGUCAGCCUUGGGGCACAAGUGAAUACUACGGAUUGCUGGGGUAGAACUCCACUGCAUGUAUGUGCUGAGAAGGGACAUGCACAAGUCCUUCAGGCAAUCCAAAAAGGAGCCAUUGUAAGCAAUCAAUAUGUUGAUUUGGAAGGAACGAAUUAUGAGGGUUUGACAGCGUUGCACUGUGCAGUAGUGGUUCAUAAUGCCGUGGUACAUGAACUACAAGGACAGCAGUCACCUCAUACUCCUGAAGUCCAGGAAUUAAGGUUGAAAAGCAAGAAGUUGGCAGAUACAAUCAAAUAUCUAAUUCAGAUGGGGGCCUCGGUUGAAGCCAGAGACCGUAAAAGUGGCCGUUCAGCCCUUCACCUAGCAGCUGAAGAAGCAAAUGUGGAACUCCUUCGACUGUUUUUAGAGCUUCCAAAUUGUCUGUCUUUCAUCAAUGCCAAGGCGUACAACGGCAAUACUGCACUCCAUGUAGCUGCUAGUUUGCAGCAUCGAAUGACUCAGCUUGAUGCAGUUCGUUUGUUGAUGCGCAAAGGAGCUGAUCCAAGUGCCAGGAACUUAGAAAAUGAACAGCCAGUUCACUUGGUUCCUGAUAGCCCUGUUGGAGUUGAGAUAAGACGAAUCUUAAAAGGCAAGACAAGUCAGCAGAGAUCAUCAGUCUAUUAAGCUCCAUGAGUAAAAACGACCCAUACUCGCUGUCAGUUAGGCAGCCCCCAUGUAACUGUAAAUAGACCAUUUGUCCAGUGGAGGCAAAUGUUUGUUGUUUCUAUGAAACAAGAAUAUUUUGUUCACUAUUAUAUAGUGGGUUAAUAACAGUUCUUCACAGAUGAGAAUACUUCAUACAAAGCAUUCUGUAAUCAUUUGAAUUAUUCCAUUAAGCAAAUUAAUAUAUCAAGAACAAAACUGACAGUUAUAGUCUUUCAUAUUUCUACCCAAAAGCAAUUUCAGUGUACUGUAUUGUUUAUUGGAUUAUCUUCACAUCAGGGUAUAGCAAAUAUUAAGAAUAACAUAACAAGAACAGACAUUUUGAUGUGGCUUAUGAUAUAGAACAGUGAUGGCUAACCUUUUUGUCGUCAUGUGCUGAAAGUGCGUGCAUGCGCAUGCACGCAUGCCUGUACCCAUAAGCAAUGCGUACACGACCCCCGUGCCCAAGCGCAUGUGCGCGCGACCCCCUGCAUGCGCCCUAUGCCUCCGCGCAUGCACGGCAGGUACCUGACAAGCUGGCUGGUGGGAGGCGCGCAUGUAUGCACAAUGGACCUGAUCUAGGGCGAUGGCUUGCGUGCUGGCAGAGAUGGCUCUGCAUGCCACUUCCAGCACGCAUGCCAAAGGUUCGCCAUCAUGGAUAUACAAUAUAAGUAUUCUUAAGAAUAGCAAAAAUUUACUAAUAGUCAUUUAUAUUUUAACUUUUUUUCUUUUUAUGUAAUUCUUUAUAGUUAUUUUGAGUAGUUAUGGUUAAUUAAAUGUAAUGAAAGUUUUAAUAAUUUAAACCUUUUACAGUGGGAUAUUCUGUGUAGAAUUCAGUAAAGUUUUAAAAAAGUUUUUAAUUGUUAAGUUGUUUUUGGGAAACACUUUUCAAAACAAUUUAUAAAGAAACAUUGUCGAUAUGGUAUUUUCAUUGGUUACAGCAAUAAUUUAUUAAGAUUUUAAAAAAUAAAGCUGGCCUUGUGUUCAUUCUUUUUCAAAUUAAUUUUUUCCAAUUAAUAUUUCCUGAUGGUAACUUAGUUUAUAGAUUACAUAAAAUUAUUCAUGUUUGUAACAAAAAAUAAAGAAUUCAAUUAGAAUAAAUAAGCAGAAAUAUGACACAGAUUCAAUUAGAGUUUAAAAAUGAACUCUGUUUGAUCAAAAUGAUGCUGAUUAUAUGUCAUAUAUAUUCUUUUUGUCAUUUGUAAAAAAAUUUCUAACAAUCAAAUAAAUUAGGAUUACCUGUUAUAUUCUAAUAGCAAUACUUUUAAAAACAAUACUUUAUUUUCAUUAUGUAGCAACAUGCAACAGUUCAUUAUUUGCACUGUAGAUACUGAUGGCCGCUGGCUUUUAUGACUUUGUAGAUGACAGAAUUGUCAGUAGCUAUUGAGCAUGAUACCUCUUAUCAUGCUCAAGAGGAAUUGAAGAGGAAUAUGAAUUUCAAGAUUCAGUAUAAUUUGGAAUACUGGUUGUUUUAAAAGUUACAUAUCUUUUGCAUAUAAUAGGAGUGCCAAAACUGAUUUUUGUGACUUUGUGGUCCCAAAGAUUUCAGUUCUGUUGUUUCUAAAAGACAAGCUAUUUCACCAUUUAAAAACCCCAAACAGUAUAAAAUCCAUCUACUCUGAAUCUGGAGAGUAGUCAAUACACCACAUAAAGAGUGGCGUCAUCCUCAGAUUGAUAGAAGUCACAUAUCCCUAGUUUAUGAUAAUCACAAAGGCAUUUGGCUAAUGAUAGAAGAUUGAAUUGAUGUUUGGUCUGAGUAGGAUUCUUCUACACUGACUUUGAUUCUCUCAUUUUGAAUCAGUAGAUGUAUGUCUCAGGGCUUUGCAAAAAAUAAUUGCAUUAUAUUGUUUUACCUUAUAGGUAUAGUAGGUAGCCAGAUGUUAAUAUAUCAAAGAAUGUAAAUAAAACAUAUUAAAAUAUUUCAUUGUAUUAAAUACUUUCAGAAUUGCAUUGUUUUUUAAAAAUUAUGUACAUACUGUUCUUGAAUCACUACUCUGAAUCAUGAAUUUUCCGUAAUUAAUCAGAUCAUAUUGUUUGAUCAAGUAUGUCUUGUAGACAAAUAAUAGGGAAAUUUAUAUUUGAUAUUUAGAAGUACAAAUAUAUCUUUUGAAAUAAACUUGUU